AGUGCUUUCGGGGCAAAAAAGUCCUUGGAGAUUAUGAUAUCAAAGUGGAACAGGCAGAAUUUUCAGAGCUCAACCUGGUGGCCCAUGCAGAUGGGACCUGUGCUGUGGAUAUGCAGGUAUUCCGGAAUGGCACAAAGGUUGUCCGGUCCUUCCGGCCAGACUUCGUGCUUAUCCGGCAGCAUGCAUUUGGCAUGGCGGAGAAUGAGGACUUCCGCCACUUGAUCAUUGGCAUGCAGUAUGCAGGCCUCCCCAGCAUCAAUUCACUUGAAUCCAUUUACAACUUCUGUGACAAGCCAUGGGUGUUUGCCCAGCUGGUGGCCAUCUACAAGACAUUGGGAGGAGAAAAGUUCCCACUCAUUGAGCAGACAUACUACCCCAACCACAAAGAGAUGCUAACACUGCCCACAUUCCCUGUGGUGGUGAAGAUCGGCCAUGCUCACUCAGGCAUGGGCAAGGUCAAAGUGGAAAACCACUACGACUUCCAGGACAUUGCUAGCAUGGUAGCCCUCACCCAGACCUACGCCACAGCAGAGCCUUUCAUUGAUGCCAAGUAUGACAUCCGGGUCCAGAAGAUAGGCAACAAUUACAAGGCUUACAUGAGGACAUCGAUCUCAGGGAACUGGAAGACAAACACUGGCUCUGCAAUGCUGGAGCAGAUCGCCAUGUCAGACAGGUACAAGCUGUGGGUAGAUACCUGCUCUGAGAUGUUUGGUGGCCUGGACAUCUGUGCUGUCAAAGCUGUACAUGGCAAAGAUGGGAAAGACUACAUUUUUGAGGUCAUGGACUGCAGUAUGCCACUGAUUGGUGAACACCAGGUGGAAGACAAACAACUCAUUACGGAACUAGUAAUCAGCAAGAUGAACCAGCUGCUGUCCAGGACCCCUGCCCUGUCUCCUCAGAGACCCUUAACCACCCAGCAGCCACAGAGUGGAACACUUAAGGAUCCGGACUCGAGCAAGACCCCACCUCAGCGGCCAGCCCCCCAAGGGGGCCCUGGGCAACCCCAAGGAAUGCAACCCCCAGGCAAGGUGCUGCCUCCACGCCGGCUCCCCCGUGGACCAUCAGUGCCACCUUCUUCCUCUUCUUCCUCCUCCUCUUCUUCCUCCUUCUCGGCUCCUCAGCUGCCGGGCGGCCCCACCACCCACGGAGAUGCACCCUCCAGCAGCAGCUCCCUGGCAGAGGCCCAGCCACCCCCGGCUGCUCCACCACAGAAGCCCCAGCCUCACCCACAGCUCAACAAGUCGCAGUCCCUGACAAAUGCCUUCAGCUUCUCUGAGUCCUCCUUCUUCCGGUCUUCAGCCAGUGAGGAUGAAGCCAAAGCAGAGACCAUCAGGAGCUUGAGGAAGUCCUUUGCCAGCCUCUUUUCAGAUUAGCUCUCCAGACACACGUGGGCAUCCGGCCCAACCAGGAAAGGCAUCUGAGACAUUUGCCAACAACAGUCAGCCACGUUUGGUAGUGAUGUCCCAUGACCUUGACUUGUGUGGCCCCUUCCUGUGCUCCAUUGUGCUAAGUGACGUGCAGCUCAGAAACGACCAUGUGAAGGUUUCAGGGCGGGUGCCUAACCAGCGAGGGGCACCUGACAUCAGAGAGAAUAGAGCUGCUUUCCUGUAGUUAUGAGAGCAUCCUCUGAGGUUAUCGUUUGCUGUGAGUUUAGUGGCCUUAUUGUGACAGCGCCAUCAUGUCUUAUUCUUCCUUGUGAAACUAGGAUUCCCUUCCUUGAGGAUUCCUGGUAGCUUAACCUAGCUCAGAGGCAGUGCUAAGCAUGCCCCCUUUUAGUCAGUGCUGCCUAUUUGGGGAGUAUAUCCUUACCCCAAAAUACUCUUGAUGUUAGGAACUUACCUACACCUGGAUCCCUUGUCAGUCACACGUGUUUAACUGUUGAAAACACACCUGCCCAGCACAUGAGAUUCCUCAAUUGCUGUUGUGGUGAAGCACCUUUAGUCUACUGAUACUGGAGAGAACAAGGACGUGCAGUUUUCCCCUUUCCCUCCUCUGGAGUGCAGUUCUUAUGUGUGUGCUGCAGUGAUCUUGAGCUCCGAAGCUGCACUGUGCAGAAUGCAUGACACUGUAACAGCAGUAUACCAAGUUUUGUGUUCAUCUC